CUUCAGUCCGCCGCGAGCCGUCGUUGGUCGGGUUCUAAUUAUUCCGGAAGCUUCUCCGAGUCGGCUCUCUCCGAGUUGUUACCCCUCAGCUUGAUUUCCUGCGCGAAGUUUGGGAAUGUAUCCCGCGCGACCUCGUUGAAUGUCAGUGAGUCGUUCGCACGAGCAAGAACAACAGAGGGGUCUGAGAGAGUCGGUUGUAGCCAGAGGCUGACAACAUGAGGAACUCGACAUUACUGAAAUGGGCGCAGAAUUCGGCGAACAAUAAAAAUCAGCCGAGCAAAAACGGAGGAACGAGUAGAAACUGGAUACACCCACCGGACGCGCUCCAAAAAGGACACAUCGCCUACCUAGUUAAGUAUUUGGGCAGCACAGAAGUGGACCAACCCAAAGGUAUCGAGGUCGUUAAGGAGGCGAUUUGCAAACUGAAAUUCAAUCAGCAACUCAAGAAGAGCGAAGGCACGAAAACCCCGAAGGUCGAACUCACCAUAAGCAUCGAUGGCGUGGCGAUACAAGAACCGAAAACGAAAACGACACCCAAGCGAAUUAUGCAUCAGUAUCCGUUACAUAGAAUUUCAUACUGCGCCGACGACAAAGGAGAGAAGAAGUUUUUCAGUUUCAUCGCGAAGGAAGAGGAUGCGGAGAGGCAUACAUGCUUCGUUUUCGUCAGCGACAAAUUAGCCGAGGAGAUCACGCUGACCAUCGGUCAAGCCUUCGAUCUCGCCUACAGGAGGUUCCUGGAAACAUCCGGCAAGGAUCUAGAGACGCAACGACGUUGUAUGGUACUGCAGCAGAAAAUAAAACGACUUGAACACGAGAACAACGUUUAUCGGCAACGAUUGCAAGAUGUGGCGGUUAUUAAAGGCUCGGCGGAUGUGUCAGCAUACCUAUCGCAGCAUAAUAUACCCGAUAUUCUUCACGUACCUGGAGCUCCUACGGAUUCAUCACAGAUCAAUGGUACGACUAGCAAGCCAUUGUUGAAUAUGAGUGACAGUAACGGAAAUACGUCUAAUGGACCUCAGCAACCGCCACCAGUUCCGCCGAGGAGUUUCGAGACGAAUUUCGACGAUGAUUUCAUGGGAAAUGAGCCGACACCAAUGCCGUCGGUCGGCACCAAAUUAGAAGGGUUGUUGAUGGAUGAGUUUGAGGAAGAUUUCAACCCAAGAGCUUAUGAGACCGCAGCUAAUGGUCUUGCUAAUCACCAGUCAAAUAAUCCGCUUCUUAACGGUCAGAUAUCUUCGGGAUCAAACUUCUUUUCCCAAUCUAACGGCACAACCAGUCCUCCGCCCCUGCUGGCACCACCACCAAAGACGAAAGACUCGAGACGUCAAAACGGAGUCAAGGAAGAUCUGUUUGGUAGCAUUCCUUUCAAUCCUACGCCAACUUUAAAUAUGAAGAAUGAAUUUAAGGAUCCGUUCGAAAUGGGAGAAUUCGGAGCUUCGACCAUGACAUCUAAUCCUAGCCAACAAGAACUGGAAAAUGCUAUCGGUCUACUGGAUAAGAAGCUGCUGGAAAUGAAGGAUGGUUUUAGUAGAGGGCUGUGCAUUGGAACUGAUGACUUUUCUUUGGAGAGUUUGGACCCACUGCGAAAUUAGGCUCGUUAAUCAGAUUAGAAGCUACGAGCAUUUGAACGAAAAUUUUUAUUAGUGCUCUAGGAUGCAGAGUACGAUAUACCAAUUAACGGAUAAAGCAAUUAGGGAUUAUGUCCGUGUGUAAAACCAAAAUUAGUCAAUUAUUACUAUUAUCCUAUUCGUAUAUUUAUGAUCAUGUUCGAUAUUUAUGGUACACAUAUAUGAAAUAAUUCUAUAAGCGUGUAUCUUACACUCUCUGGUAAUCUAUGCUAUUCUAUCCGUUGCUUUAGAAUUUGGGUCCAAUCCGAACAGCGCACCGAAAAUGCGUAUUGUUAAUGAUGAGUCAAUGAGACGAGAUCUCAAGUCGACCGUUAGAGUGGAAUGAGAUAUUAUUCUAAUCAAGACAACAUUAAUUAUUUAGACGAGAAUUUGUUAUAUACAUAAAUACUUAAAAAAAUCUUAUCGCGAAUCUCAUAUCGACGAUGAUAUGCUUGCGUCUUUCAUAUUUUUUAACGAGAUUGAAAAAGAACUAAUGAAUUAAUAUUAUAAUCCUUAGCCACGGAAAAUGCUGACGGCCGAGUCAAAUUUCUUAUAUUCUAAAGCUAUAACUAAAAAGGGAAUACAACCAAAUGUUCCCUUUUGAUUUGAAUAAGCUUUAAAUAUGUAAAAUAUACAUAAAAAAUAAGAGGCAUAUUUUUUUAUAAAGCGUUGAGCCGCAUGAUAAAAGAGUGAAGCCCUUGAAAGAAACUGAUUGAUUUAUAAAAAAGUA